UUCACCUUCUCCGAGCACAAGCAGACGCCUGAGGCCAUCGCCGUGUACUCUGUGUGCUACACGCUGGUGUUCCUGGGCUCCGUGGUGGGCAACCUGCUGGUGGUGGUGGUCAUCGGCCGGACCCGCAGGAUGUGGGGGGUCACCAACUUCUUCAUCUUCAACCUGGCGGUCAGCGAUCUGCUCAUCGCAGUCUUCUGUAUGCCCUUCACGCUGGUCGGCCACAUCUUCAUCGAAAACAUGGUUGGCGACUUCAUGUGCCGAGUGAAGAACCUGGCACAGGGACUAUCGGUGGCGUCUUCCGUCUUCACUCUGACGGCAAUAGCUGUCGAUCGACACCGAGUGAUCCUGCACCCGGAGAAGACGCGGAUGUCGAACCGGCAGGCCAUCAUGGUGAUCGUGGGGUCCUGGACGGCAGCCACCAUUAUCAUGAUCCCCCAGCUCGUCGUCUGCUACGAGAAGGAGGUCAAGAUCGACGAAGUCACCUUCCUCAUCUGUGGCGAAUUCUGGCCGUCGAAGAGCUCACAGAAGGUCUACACUGCGGCUCUGUUCAUCCUCUGCUACCUCGGUCCACUUCUCAUCAUCAGCGUGCUGUAUUAUAAGAUCGCCAUGCGGGUUUGGUUCAAGCCCAGGCCGGGAGAGAACAACGGCAGCAACAGGAGCACGUCCAGCAGGCAGGCCUGCCUCGGUAGCGUGUCGGAGCGGCGUGGGAGGGUGGUCAGGAUGGUCAUCACCAUGGUGAUGGUGUUCGCGCUGACGUGGCUGCCUCUCUACGUCUGCUGGCUUAUGGAGGAAUACGGCAGUCUAUCACAAAUGCAGGAGAUCUCCCUCCAUCACUACGGCUACCCCAUCGUCCACUUAGUAGCCUUCUCCAACAGCUGCAUCGACCCGCUGGUCUACGGCAUCUUCACGGCGAAUUUCCGGCAGAUUUUUAACCGUGGAGGAAGAGGAGGCAGGGGAGGGGCCGGGAACAUCCGGGCCACCCACCCGACCGGCCCGGACUUCGCCAUUUCGCCCCCCAGCGGAGGGAACUCCAACUUCCGGUGGAACCUCUUCGCCGGAAACGCGAGGCAUGUCGGGAGCACGCCGAACAAGCCCUCCUCGGGUGGGUACUCCACUGCGCGCACCUCGCCCGACUUUAACAACGCGGCCACCAGUUUCAGCCUGUUCACCAUGAACCCCAGUCCGCUGAACGUCAAGAACAACGACAUAGACCUAGACGUGUUUCUACCUCGGGUGGAAACCGCAGAAUCUGUCAGCAACCUCGUGUAAAACACUAGAGAGAGAAACCAGAUGGUCGUACCACUUCAUCGGCCUCCUUCCGUCUGAGUAGACGAUGGGCUUGGCACUGGAGGGGUCUGGCACCGUCUCUGGUGGCUGAACAGGCCUAUCCGUGAAUGGCAGACUCUGCCACAUGUUGAACAGGUGAAUGUGGUGGUGUUGGAAGUGGCUGCAUGGUCUCUGCCGGCGCAGGUCUCUCAGUACCUUCGUACCACUUAGGAUGCUAGUAAACCUGAACAAACUUACAGUUAUUUCAGAGCAUAUUUUUCGCGAUAGAACUGCUUCGAAGUCUAACUUUAGAUGACAUUCGAAACGAUACAUGUUCUUGACGUGGUUGGACGU